UCUUACCAAGCAUGUCAACUUCCAGCUUAGGCGGUCCGAGCAGGCUGAGAGGGUCAAAUAAUGCAACACAAAUGAAACGACACUCAGCAUUUGAUGAUUUGGAAGAUGAGGAGUAUGACGAGAGACCGAAUCGAAAUGGAUCAUCGGCCGCUGGAAGAUGGAAGGAUGAAGCCUUGUCUGGCUAUUCUGCAAGAGAUGAGAGAAGGGAAAAAGGAACGCAACAGCAGAAACUUGUCAUUCAAAAACAAGCAGAUGCAAAUUGGAUGGAAGAACGUAAGAGGAGAUUGGGAUUGGAGAAAUAUCGCAAAGAGUUGGGUAGCUUGUCCGGUGGCUUUGGUGGUGGGAACAGAGACAGCAGCAACGCACAGCCAUCGACCGAGAGGGUGGGAGAUGAAGAGCAAAAAACUGGCCUGGAAAUACGAUACCGAUCGGAAAAUGCAGAUGAUGACCGGAUGCAGACGGAUCACGAUGAGGAGAUUAACUCAGAAGUGGAGACGCAACCUGUUACAGCAGAUAUCACAGACGAGGACACAGAAGCACGAGCAGCAUUACUCUCAGGAAAGAGCAACAGCACGAAACGUGAUAAUGUGAUCAUCACUCCUAUAACAGAAGAACAGGCUUUACAGCGGGAUAUGGAUUCAAGACCUGAUGCUCCUUCUUUGUCCGAUUAUGCAAGUAUGCCAGUGGAUGAUUUUGGCGCUGCUUUGUUGAGAGGGAUGGGAUGGCAAGAAGGCAUGGGUGCUGGCAAACAGAGACAAGGCCCAACAAGUGCUCCACAAGUCAAGAAGCGGGCUGCGCUACUUGGACUUGGCGCAAAAGAAAGGGAGCCGGUCGAUGAUCGCGAUAACAAAAAGGGUGGAUCUUCCCAUCGAUCAUCAAAUAAGCCAGAACGUAGAUACGUACCUGUCACACGCAAAGAGAGGGAAGAGGAAGAGAGUGGAAGAGAACCACAUUCCAAAUCAAGCAAAGAUCGAAAGAGAUCGUACAGUCCGCCAAGCUCGAGAGGCGGUCGAUAUGACGACGACAGGGAACGAUCCAGACGUCGUGAUGAAUCAAGAAGAGAUCGGGAUAGACACGACGAUCGCUACUCUGAUCGCAAACGUAGUGACAGAGAUUACGACAGGAGACGAGAUGAUCGCUCACGCAGAGAUGAUCACAGAGAUCGACAUAGAUCAGAACGAUAACAAUCAAUAUACCCAAAGCAGGAAAUCAUUUUGCAUGCAUGCUGAUGAUAUUACAUGUGUAAAAUUAGUACAAGAUUAAAAAAGGAAUAAGAAU